UGGUGAAGUGCAGCGCUCAGCUGUGCGGUAAACAGCGGCGCGAGCGGCGCGAGCUGCUGCGGAUUGAUGCCGACUCCAGCGCGUGUCAGGAGGCGACAUGCGUCCUCGGACCCUCUGACCUCCACCUCCACCCCGCGGCACUGAUGAAGCCUCCUCUGCCGGAGCCACAGCGGGCCGAAGGGCGGAUAGAGGAGAGAGAUGUACUGGCGCGUCGGCUUCGCCUGGAGCCGCUCCUGCGCGCUUGAGCUGGGCCAGAACAAGAGCUUCUCGCUCGGCCUGAGCGGCUCCGAGGAGCAUCUCUCGCUGUAUGGGUACAUCAUCGCCUACCCGCUGCAGGAGUACGGAGGGAUCAUGUCUGCGUUAGGAUUUGACUCCUGGUGGAGAAAAACCCUCUACAUCACCGGGGGCGCGCUGCUCGCCGCCGCUGCCUAUUUACUACACGAGCUGCUUGUCAUUAGGAAGGAACAGGAGUUGGACUCCGAAGACGCCAUCAUUCUGCAUCAGUUCGCCCGGCCCAAAACUGGAGUCCCUAGCCUGUCCCCCUUCUGCCUGAAGAUAGAAACGUACCUGAGGAUGGCGGACCUGCCCUACCAGAACUAUUUCGAUGGGAAGUUGUCUCCUCAAGGGAAGAUGCCGUGGAUCGCGUAUAAUAAAGAGCAGGUUUGUGGGACAGAGUUCAUCAUCGACUUCCUGGAGGAGAAACUCGGCAUGAACCUCAACUCCAGCCUGAGUCCUCAGGAGAAAGCCAUCUCACGAGCCAUCACCAAAAUGGUGGAGGAACACUUCUACUGGACGAUAGCAUACUGUCAGUGGGUGGACAACGUGGAGGAGACGCAGAAGAUGUUAGCCACUAACGGGCCGCUGAGUGACCUGCUCAGGUGGAUCUUGAGUCAGGUGACCGGCAGCAUCGUGAAGAGAGAGAUGUACGGCCACGGCAUCGGGCGCUUCUCCAAAGACGAGGUCUAUUCUCUGAUGGAGAAAGACAUGCGCACCCUUGCCACGUUCCUCGGCAAUAAAAAGUAUCUAAUGGGUCCGAAGCUGUCCACAGUAGACGCUGCUGUAUUCGGUCAUCUCGCUCAGGCCAUGUGGACUCUCCCAGGAACGCGUCCGGAGCAGUUAAUCAAAGGUGAGUUCAUCAACCUGGCCAUGUACUGUGAGCGAAUCCGACGAAAAUUCUGGCCAGAGUGGUUUGUGGACGUCGACGACCUGUACUACGACGGACUGAGCGAGGAGCCGGAUUCUCCUUCCCAGCUUCCGGAUCUGGGUCUGCACUCACGCAGCGGCAGCUUCCAGGAGCAAGAAAGCACUCUGUCGCACCACGACACGCCGUCACCGGACAGCGACGUCACCGGACGCUCCCUGUUCGACUCGGACAUGGACACAGAAUGCUCAGAAAUGGAGCAGUUGAAGUGAAAACCACACCCCCUUGAUGAUGCAUCUGCACGGGCCCCGCCCCCUUUGUUCUCCCACAAGCCCUUUAGCAGGAGAAGGGCUGGUCAGAUAAAGAUGUGGUGACGUGGCAGCGGGUUUCCCAGAGUUUGAGCGAGGGAUGCGAAUAAAGCUGACGGGAAAGGUAUUCUGACACAUUUUAAUUAAUUAAACGAGGAUUUUAUUAAACGGGGGAAUGCCAGGCCAUAGAAAAUCCGGGAAGAAAACUAUAAAAAAGAGUGAGAAUGGAAAGGAGUGAAUGACGCUUCAGCUGAAUCACUCCUCCUGCGGUGUGACAUCAUCAGCAAAAUGACAUCACCACCUGUGACCACUCCCCCAUUCACCGAGUGUUUGUUUGUAGCUGAACAGCACUUCUUACAUACUUUACUUAGGGUUUGUUAUUAUACGGGUAGACAGACAGAAAGAAAGAUUUUGGGUUAUGACUGAAAUGUGUAGAUAGUUGACAGGUUUAGAUCAUCUCAUUCUCCAUCUGAACUUCACGUCCCGUUUUAUUUGGUCAAAUCUACAAAGCUAAGACUGGAACACGCAGAGCAAGAAAGCUGAUGUAUAGUUAUUGUGAAAAUGUUAGUCUUCAUUUUAGCAUAGCGGAAUUCCCAAAUUGAUGAUCUUGCCAUUUAAAUUUUUUAUGGCCAAUUAUGCAAUGCAUUAAUGAAUAAUUCACCCAAAAAUGAAACUUCUGUAAUUUAAUCUUCCUUAUAUCAUUCCUAGUCUAUAUGACUUACUUUAUUUUGUAGAACAUAAUGGCUAUCAAAAUAAAAAAAAAAUACAUAACUUAUGCACUAUAUGAAAUAUAGUGUAUAUAUAUAUAUAUAUAUAUAUAUAUAUAUAUAUAUAUAUAUAUAUAUAUAUAUAUAUAUAUAUAUAUAUACACAAUAUUUAUAUAAAAGGCAUGCAAUUUUCAGAUGUCACUCUAGCUAGAUGUAUUAUAUUUGAUACUCACAUCAUUAAAGGUAAAAAAAUAAUUAUUAUUUAUUCUUAUACUAAAAGGCCUUUUACUUUUUUUAAUUGAUCAUGUUCAUAAUCUAAACACAUAAACUCAUGUCUCAUCACUUCUCCCUGCAUAUUUUAAUACUGACAGAUUAUUUUUUGAUUUUGGGUGAAUUAUUCAUAUAGGAGCAAAUACAGAGAAUAUAUAAAUAGAAAAUAACAAAUAUAGUAAUUUAUUUGUUUGUGUUUCAAAACAAGUAACCAGAUGCAGCUGAAUCGGUCGAGUGCAGCAGCACUAUUUAAAUCUAUACAAAGCGAGACGCGCGUGUGUGCAGAUGUUAUAUGUGCUGAAUUCGUAGCUAAAAACAUCACUUGUGUUUGUCGAACAGCAAACACUUCAGAUAGGGAUCUGUGAUUGAGCAAGAGCGCCUCCCGUUGGCUGCAUCAUGACAGAAAACACUGGACCAGAAUAGAACAGACUACCCUGCUAAUGCAGCAGUGUUUCUCAAAUGCAACCAUUACGGAAGGAGACGCAUAGCACAGUACAGAUGGAGUCAGACAGCUGAUGUGUGUGUGUGUGUGUGUGUGUGUGUGUGUGCCAUCUGCUGCACGACUGAGUCACUGAGUCAUCGUCACACAUGAACACACUCGCAGGAAUGAUCUCCCAGGGGCCAAUGCACAACGAAUGAUACAUGCAGGAAAGGAAACUUAUGUUUUUUUUUCUGUUCUGUAGUGAGAUAUAUUGUGUAUCUUGCUGUGCCGUACAAACUUCCUUCCUGUUUCCACAAAUGCCCUUUUAAUAUUUUGAACAUAAUCCUGAAUAAGACGCCUUCUAUAUAGGGCACUUAUUAGAAAGAAUGGCAAGUGUCUCGCCAUUUUCAAGCCCUUCUAAUGCAAAUGUACUUAUCUGAUGUUUGUUCAAAUGCAGCGCUAUUACGAAAUGUGUAGGAAAAACGGUUUUACAUAGACAUCAGGUUAAUUAACUGGUGCUUUACUAGAAAAAAGUUUGCAUGCCAGUAAUUAAUUAUACGUGCCAAAGACUUAAAGGAAUGGUCCACCCAAAAAUGAAAAUUUGCCUGUAUCAUAAUGAGAGACCAAACAGCUGAUUAAAAACAUCAAAAUAAUCCACACCACUCCAGUCCAUCAGUUAACAUCUUGUGAGAAGACAAUAUUAUGGAU